CGAACUUCUACUUGGAAUAAAAAAAGAUUUGUUUAUUAAAAUAUACUACAAUGGCAUACUUAAAGUCUGCUUCAUGCUCAUCAUCUUCUGUGAGCUAGAAAUAUGACGUUUUUCUGAGCUUCAGAGGCGAGGAUACUCGCUACAAUUUUGUAGAUCAUCUUUACGCAGCUCUCGUACAGAGAGGACUGUGUGUGUUUAAAGAUGACGAGGAGCUGAAGAAAGGGAAAGAGAUUGCUCCAGAACUCCUGAAAGCUAUUGAGGAGUCAAGGUUCGCAGUGGUUGUGUUCUCAAAGAAUUAUGCCAACUCGUCAUGGUGUUUGGCUGAGCUGGCCAAAAUCAUGCAAUGGCAUAAUGGGAUGGUGGAACCGAAGGUGAUACCGGUGUUCUAUCAUGUCGACCCUUCUGAUCUUCGUGCGCAGAAGAACGACGUGGCUGUUUUCUUUCAGCAGCAUGAGGAGAAGUUUAGAGAAGAGAUGGAUAAAGUGAAGAAGUGGAGGGAUGCUCUAACAGCUACAGCCAAUUUAUCUGGCUUUCAUAUCUCCGAUUCCAUCAAAGUGGGUGAAUCGACGUAUGUCAGAAUGAUUGUUGAGGAGAUCUUAGCUGAUAAGCCUGAUAUACAACGUUCUUAUAUAGAGAGCAAUUUAGUUGGCAUCGACUCUCGUAUAGAAGAAUUAAGUUCGCGACUGGAAACUAAAGAUAAUGAAAAGGUGCAAAUAGUAGGGAUACAUGGGAUGGGAGGAAUUGGCAAGACUACUAUUGCCAAUGCUUUGUUUAGAAGAAUAAAGUAUAAGUUUGAGGGUAGUAGCUUCGUAGAUGAUGUUAGAGAAAACAGUUCAAGUAAAAGAGAAAUAUGUGCCUUACAAGAAAAGGUUCUAAGGGAUAUUCUAGAGAUCAAUCAAAACUUCAAUGUUCGAGAUCCUGAAGAUGGAGCUAACAUGAUACGAACAAGAUUUGUGCACAAAAAAGUUCUUAUGGUUCUUGACGAUGUGGAUAAUUUCAAGCAAUUAGAGUUCCUAGCUGCAACACAUGACUCGUUUGGCCCAGGAAGUAAAAUCAUUAUCACAACAAGAAACGAGCAAUUGUUAUCUGAUGCAGAUGACAAGUACAAGCCAGAUUUUUUGAUAAUGAAUGACGCUCUUGUGCUGUUUAGCAGAGGUGCUUUUAAAACAAAUAGUCCUCCAGAAGGGUACGAGGAGUUUUCAUGUCCUGCGAUCCGCUAUGCUGGCUAUCUUCCUUUAGCUGUGAAAGUUUUAGGCUCUUUCUUCCAUGGGCGGAAAGCACUUCAUGAGUGGGAAAGUGCUUUAAAUAGACUAGCAAAAGCACCACCUGUUGAUAUUUUUAAGACACUGAAGUUAAGUUUUGAUGGGUUGGAGGAUUCUGAGAAGAAUUUAUUCUUAGACAUUGCUUGCUUCUACAAGGGAAGAGACAAAAGAGACUUAACUAGAGUAUUUGAGAGCUUCGGUUUUGACCCAGAAAUUGGGAUUAAUGUUCUUACUGAGAAGUCCCUCAUCACCAUUUCUAAUGAAAGAAUAGGUAUGCAUGAUCUUUUACAAGAAAUGGGUCAGCAAAUAGCUCGUGAGAGUAUCUCCAAUAGAAGGCUAUGGCAGCUUGAAGAUAUCCAUGAUUCCUUAAAAAAUGAUCAGAAGCUAGAAGAAAUUGAGGCAAUUGUGGUACCCGAUAAGAAGUAUGAUGUUGACGAAUAUGAGAAGAAGGUGGGUUUUAGGGCUGAUGUUUUUGAACGCAUGAAGAUAAUACGCCUACUUGAUAUUAGAGGAAGAUUUACAUCUUGUGAGCCUACGAUCUUCCCUAACAACUUACGAUGGCUUUGUUGGAGUGAGUGCCCAUUUACUUCUCUAUCAACGACACAAAUGAGUAAACUUGUUGGUCUUGAAGUAGUUGGUGGCACUGUUAAACAGUUUUGGAAUGGACAAAAGGUAAUUAUCAAAUGAAACCAUAUUCUUAGCAAUAGCUAGUUUCAAGUGAUAGUUUGUCAUACUUUAAUAUUUCACCACAACAUAUUAGCUAACUUUACACUCUAGUGCUCUACAAUAACUUCCUUGUAGCACCAAUAUGUGACAGCCCAACAUUAUCUUGGUUGGUAUUGACUUUUUGACCGACAUUGAUUUUUUUGUUCAGUUGAUCAAUAUCCAAAUUCUGAUUCCCAACAUCAUUACCAACACCAGUACAAACUUCCAAUUAACAACCAAUCUCAUAUCAUAUUUACAUUUGCCAACAGGUCACUUUUUACUAUGGUUGACUUUUGACUGCUGUUUGGAAUUGACUGCAUUUGACCUUUGAGGUCAAUAGACUUAUUCUGCAAUUUUCAACAGAUUUAAUAUCAAUACCAACUUUUAUACCCCUUCCCACACUGAU